AUGGUCAAAGCAAUUGCAACAGUGCGAGGCGAUUCUGUUAUUUCGGGUACUAUCACCUUCGAGCAAUAUGAUGAGAUAGCGCCAACUACAAUCACUUGGAACAUUCGUGGAAAUGAUCCUAAUAGCGAGCGAGGCUUCCACAUCCAUGAAUUUGGCGACAACACCAACGGAUGCACCUCGGCUGGUCCUCACUUCAAUCCCUAUGGACGGACACACGGUGCGCCAUCUGACCACGAGAGACACGUCGGGGAUCUCGGAAACUUCCGUACUGAUGCAGAUGGAAAUUCAACGGGAACUAUGCAAGAUAAGAUGAUCAAAUUAAUCGGACCUGAAAGCGUCGUAGGACGUACGAUAGUCAUCCAUGCUGGCGCUGAUGACCUUGGUCGGGGAUCCGACGUUGAAUCUAAGACGACAGGAAAUGCAGGCGGUAGACCGGCAUGCGGUGUUAUUGGUUUUACUGUCGGAUAUACCAAGGGACAGCCUUCGAAGCGCACCCCUAGACCCUUUUCCACUCGUAGUGUCGCGAAUGGUCUCCUUUGA